AUUACUACUUUUCCUAGCUCCAUAUGAUCAUCUCAUAUCUCUCCCUCUUUUCUCCAAACUGAUAAUUUUCCUUAGUCUUUAUCUUCAACAAAUUUCACCCCCCUUUCCCUAGCAAGAACACCAUCAAAACCCAGCUUUUGAUUAUUAUAUCUUUUCCAUUUCUUGGUCAUCAGACAUUAUUUAUCGAAAAGCAUGAGAACGAAAGCCCAUCAAUCUUUCAACGUCAAGUUUCUCCUUCUUGGAGUUUUCCUCGCUUUUUUGCUUCUCUUCUUCUUAAGAUCAAACUUGUCGUUAGAUUCCAAAGAGACCUCAUUGUUAUCACCCAAAACCCCAAACCCAGUGGUGAACAGAAAAUCAUCAACAGAACCCACAAAUGAUAAUAACGGUAGUAUUAGUAGCAAAUGCCCUGAUGAUGAUCAAACAUGCACAAAAAUCCCACCUUCUUUAGCCCAAACCCUAAUCCACUACACAACCUCCACCAUCACUCCACAGCAAACACUCAAAGAGAUAUCGGUCUCGGCGAGAGUUCUGGAGAAGAAGUCUCCAUGCAACUUCCUCGUGUUCGGCCUUGGGCACGACAGCCUCAUGUGGAGCGCUCUCAACCACGGCGGGCGCACGGUUUUCCUGGAGGAGGACGAGGCGUGGAUCGAGCAAAUCCGGCGCCGUUUCCCAAUGCUGGAGUCGUACCAUGUGACGUACGACAGCAGGGUUCACGAGGCUGACAACCUCAUGGACGUAGGGAAGGGACCGGAGUGCACGGCCGUGAGUGAUCCCAAGUUCUCGAUGUGCCAACUAGCCCUGAAGGGGUUGCCGAGCUUAGUGUAUGAGACAAAGUGGGACUUGAUCAUGGUUGAUGCUCCAACUGGGUACUAUGAGGAGGCACCCGGAAGAAUGACUGCCAUAUACACAGCUGGGAUGAUGGCCAGGAACAGAGAAGAAGGAGACACCGAUGUGUUUGUUCAUGAUGUGAAUAGGGUUGUGGAAGAUAAGUUCUCCAUGGCUUUUCUAUGUGAGGGUUAUAUGAAGAAACAAGAGGGAAGGUUGAGGCACUUCAAUAUUCCUAGCCACAGGGAUGGUUCCGACAGGCCAUUUUGUCCUAUACUAGAGUAAUUUUGUUUUUUAUUCACAUUUUUUUCCUCACUAUUAAUUGUUUGUUUGUUGUAUAAUUAAAUUUCCCCAGCUGAGAUCAUUUUGUAGUAUAAGGUACAAAACAGCUGAGUUUUCCUUUUUUUUUUUCAUAAAUAAAAUGGGGUUUCGUCAUCAUUCGUACA